GGGAAACACACAACACAGGGAGCACGAGUCUCGCGAGAUCCCGUGAGUCGGAAAUGGAGCAGGAACGCUCCUGCUGGUGACGUGAGGGUCAUCGUUAUAUUCUCCGCGGUGCGUCGCCUUCUGUGACGUCAUCACGCUCCCUGCGUUUCGCCUGAGGGGCUGUGACGUGUUUAGAGACGGAAACGCGGCUUUUCAUCGCUUCUGUGUGAAAUCACGUCGAUUAGAGACAAACACGGCGAACCGGACGAACCGGGACCAACACGGCGAACCGGGACGAUGUCUGCGGGCUCCGGCAACAAAAACACGGAACCGUGGGGGAGCUUCGAUGACAACCUUAUCCAGGGCGGCGGCUCGGCCGUCAUCGACAUGGAGAACAUGGACGACACGUCGGGCUCCAGCUUCGAGGACAUGGGGGAGCUGCACCAGCGGCUGGAGGAGGAGCAGGAGGAGCAGCAGGAGGAGCAGCAGGAGGAGCAGCAGGAGGAGGACGGAGAGUUCCUGGGCAUGAAGGGGUUAAAGGGGCAGCUGGGCCGGCAGGUGGCGGACGAGGUGUGGCAGGCGGGGAAGCGCCAGGCCUCCAGAGCCUUCAGCCUGUACGCCAACAUCGACUUCCUGCGGCCGUACUUCGACGUGGAGCCGCUGCAGGUGCGGAGCAGGCUGAUGGAGUCCAUGAUACCUGUCCGCAUGAUCAACUUCCCCCAGAAGAUAGCCGGGGAGCUGUACGGGCCCCUGAUGCUGGUCUUCACCCUGGUGGCCAUCCUGCUGCACGGCAUGAAGACCUCGGGCACCAUCAUCGUAAGACCUGGAGACCAGGUUUCAGGAGGGGCCCCAUGCACACAACGGGGCUCCUGGGGGCUCCUGGUGUCUACUGGGGGCUCCUGGUGGCCCCUGGUGUCUACCCUGGGGGCUCCUGGUGUCUACCGGGGGCUCCUGGUACCUCCUGGUGUCUACUGGGGGCUCCUGGUGGCCCCUGGUGUCUACUGGGGGCUCCUGGUACCUCCUGGUGUCUACCGGGGGCUCCUGGUACCUCCUGGUGUCUACUGGGGGCUCCUGGUGGCCCCUGGUGUCUACUGGGGGCUCCUGGUACCUCCUGGUGUCUACUGGGGGCUCCUGGUACCUCCUGUGCAGCCGGUGCAGCUGCUGCUGCAGAGCUUCAGUCUUCACGUGUUCCAGAAGUUCGAUUUCUCCGAGCAGCCAAACCUCUCGACAGCGGAGAGCCUCCUGCUGACGGCUCACACCGCUCUGGAGCUGCUUCUCGGCCUUCAUCACGGAGCUGAUGGCGUCCUCCAGCUGAUCCAGGGCCAGCCGGCACUGCUGCAGCCCGCCGGCUGCCUCCAUCCUGUAGGGGACCAGCGUCAACACAGGUCCCAGUGGACCCAGCUUAAGGUCCCAGUGGACCCACCAGACCUCCCGUCCUUGUUCCGUGUCAGAGUGAGACCUCCUAUCAUUGUGGUUUCAGGGCUGCUGGAUUCUCUGGAAGGACCCAACAUGGCUCCCAUGCAGCGGGUGGCCAGAGACGUGCCUGAACUGACCCUAAAUGCCACAAUGAGGAGCCUGGUGCCUUCACUGAGGUCCUACUGAGGGCCCCACUGAGGUCCUACUGAGGUCCUACUGAGGUCCCACUGAGGUCCUACUGAGGGCCCCACUGAGGUCCUACUGAGGGCCCCACUGAGGGCCCCACUGAGGUCCUACUGAGGUCCUACUGAGGGCCCCACUGAGGUCCUACUGAGGUCCUACUGAGGGCCCCACUGAGGUCCUACUGAGGUCCCCACUGAGGUCCUACUGAGGCCCUAAUGAGGGCCCCACUGGGGGCCCCCCGGGGCCUCAUGGAACGUCUUCAUGUCUGUACCUUUAUGUAUUUAUACUGAACAAAAACAACUUUAACUCUU